AUGAACAGCGGCUGGCUUCAUGGCGGACUCAGGGUCCUGGCUCUGCUAUGGACCCUCCUCAUCACUGCUCUCAUCGGCAACGUCAUGGCCAGCAACGUCAACGCGGCCUCCUCUGCCACCAAGGCGAUCAACUUCACCAUGUUCGUCGCGGCCUGGUCCUGGGUUGCCUGCCUCGUCGGUCUCGCCGCCAUCAUCGUCGCCGCCUUGGCCAUUCCCUGGCUUCUCUUCCCUCUCGACAUCCUCGCAGUGCUCCUCACCUUCAUCAGCGCCAUCGUCCUCAGUGCCAAGCUGACAGCUGUGGACUGCGGCAACUAUGGCAACCAGCCAAGAUCGUGGAUUGCGUUUGGCAGCAACGACACUGAGAAGAGGUGCCGUGAGAUUCAGGCCAGCACGGUCUUCAUGUGGUUCCUCUGGGCCACCUUGAUUGGCUGUCUCUUCUUUACGUUCAAGCAGGCCAGCGGCCUCCUCGGCGGGCGCUCGUUCGGCCGCUCCAAGCCGGGCAUGAGCCAGGUCCGCGGCGUCUGA